CUUUUUCAGUUGUUCUCAAUCAGAGGAAGAAGCAGUGCCAGGCCCCCACACUCUCUCCUGGUUCAUUAAGGCUUUUCCCCCAGGCUCCUUCAGCAGAUAUCAUGGCAAUGGAUCAGGGACCUUAUCCUGUAGGAUCACCCCCACCGUACAACCCGGUAGUCUCUCAAUCUAAACAAGUUCAACAGCCCAUUCAACAACAACCACCUGUUUACCAGCAACCUCAAGUUGUGCAGCCAGUCUUUCAACCUCAACCUCAACCUCAGCCUCAACCUCAGCCUCAGCCUGCCACCCAACCCAAUAUAAAUAUCACCCUCACAUCUCAACAAACUACUCAACAACCCGUUCAACAACAAGUUCAACAACAAGUUCAAGCACCUGUUUACCAGCAAGUUCAAGUUGUGCAGCCCGUGAACCAAGGGGUGGUGAUGAUGCAGCCAAAAUUCACUGACUCUUCUGGACGGAUGACUUGUCCCAACUGCCGAAACACUGUUAUGACUCAGCUCAGGCACACCAAUGGUUUGUACGCCUGGCUGCUCUGUGGCGUGAUGUUCGUCUUCGGGUGCUGGCCUUGCAUGUUCAUUCCUUUCUGCGUGUAUUCAUGCAAAGAUGUGGAGCAUUCCUGCCCCAGCUGUGGCCACGUCGCGCACGUUCAUAAACGCAUUUGAAACAACUCUGCUGAAGCAACAACAAAGGGACAAAGGGACUAAAUAAAACACAUCGUCAACAUGAGCUCAGUGUUCACUUGUGUAAAAUUGGGUUGUAGCCGCAUUACUCUGUGCUCUACAAAUGUGUGAGGCAGUUCUUAUAUCCUAUCUAUUCUAUAUCAUUCUAAUUUGAUCAUAUUAGUGUGCUUCAGUUACUCUGACAGCGUCUGCGCCAACAGCUUCUUCAAAGACGUACAAGACACCAAAACAUCUGUGUAGUUUCGGUAGGUUAGGGCCCUGUUCCUCUUACAUGGUUCAACAAGUUGAUCAAAUGCUCAAAUUAACGAGAUGAUUGAUGUAAGGCUUUGUCGGUUCCUCAAAGGAUGAUCCGUGUCUUAUUAGUUUGAACCAGAUGUCAGUCAUACCCCCCCUGGGGAGGAAUCCUCCUCUGUCUCUAUGACGGUUUCUUCCCAUUAUCAUUUUUCGGGGGAGCCGACGUGAGGAUUUCUGGACAGAGGAUGUCAGCUGUUAGUCUGUAAAGCCCUCUGUGUCACUGUUUGGGUUUGAUUCCUGUUUUAUCUGUAGUUACCUGCCUCUUGUGUCCCUGGGUUAGCUUCACUUCCUUCCUUUUCCUGUCAUCCCCUGUGUUUGUCUGCCAUGUUACCACCUGUGUCCAAUCACCUCCACCUUCCCAGUGUAUUUAAGCCCUGUGUCUCUUUUGUCCAUUUUACAUCAUUGAAUGUCCUUCCUGAAUGUUGUCAACCUGUUUCAUGUGUACAGACUGUAAAGCCCUCUGAGGCAAAUUUGUAAUUUGCAAUUUUGGGCUAUACAAAAUAAAAUGAAUUGAAUUGAAUUGAACUGUUUGAGUUCUGGAUCCCUGUCACUGUUUAUUAAAGUACUUUUCGUUUGCGAGUCUGCAUUUGAGUCCUGCUUCUGCCAACCCUUUGUGAUUUAAAUGACGCGACCAAACAUGGACUCUACGGAUGUGACUACCUGGAUGUGAGGAACCCGUUUUGGCAGCAUACGACAGAUGUUUUAUUUGGACCACGGAGACACCAGAGACCCUGCCAUGAGGACCGGGACUUUCUCAACCCCAGGAGGAGGAGACGGGCAAGAGGUCGCAGCAACCUCCCGUCCCCGCUGGGCCGACUCACGACUCCAGUCCCGGAUCCCGGACUCUUGCCCUGGACUCCAGCCCUGGCUCCACGACUCUUGCCCCUGACACCGCCAGUUCCUGCACCCCUACGCGUGCCGCCGUUGCCCCCGGCUCCCAGUGAUCAGUCGCCGGUGUCGGUACACUGCAGCUGCCUCCUUCUUCAGUCGGACGGCUUCCCUGACCACCGGUGUCCACCACGGGGUUCGAGCGUUGUCUCCCCUUGAUGUACCUAAGAUCUUGAGGCCACAACUCACUGCUGCAGCUUCAGCAAUGGAAGUUUUGAACAUACACCACUCAGGUUCAACGUCCCCUACCUCCAUAGGAAUGUCAGAGGAGUGAGUUGAAAACCUUUUGGACCAGGGCCUCCUCCCGACGUUACCAGUUCACUCGCACUACGUGCCUGGGUUUACCAGGUCUGUCUUGAGUCUUCCCCCAUCCUCUGACCCAGCUUACCACCAGAUCGUGAUCAGUUGACAGCAAGGGGGCGUAACCAUGGUUUAGACAUUGGGGAGGUCCAAAUGAAUACCCUUCCCCAUACAUUUCCUUUUUAAACAG